AGAAAGGAAGUCCUCAGACAGAGCUGAUGCGAUGGAGCUCCCCAACUAUAGCCGGCAGCUGCUGCAGCAGCUCUACACGCUGUGCAAGGAGCAGCAGUUCUGUGACUGCACCAUUUCCAUUGGUACCAUUUACUUCAGGGCCCACAAACUUGUCCUGGCUGCUGCCAGCCUCCUGUUCAAAACCCUGCUGGAUAACACAGACACCAUCUCCAUUGAUGCAUCUGUCGUGAGCCCUGAGGAGUUUGCCCUCUUGUUAGAAAUGAUGUACACUGGCAAACUACCUGUGGGCAAACACAACUUCUCCAAAAUCAUCUCCUUAGCCGACAGCCUACAGAUGUUUGAUGUGGCUGUUAGUUGUAAAAAUCUUCUAACUAGUCUUGUAAACUGCUCUGUUCAGGGUCAGGUGGUGAGGGAUGUCUCCACACCAUCCUCAGAGUCAUCCAGGAAGGAGUUGGAGAAGCCUGAAGUAGAAAUCCUUCCCUCCGAGGGUGCUGGAGAGCUUCAUUCUUCCCCGGAGGUUUCCAGCCCUCCAGGGGGCCCUGUGAAAGCCGAAAUGGGGGAAGUGAUCCAGACGGUUGUGCAAGAGAUGAGUGUGGAUCCUUCCGCUGCCCAGGGGAUUCAGGGGAAUGCAGACACCCCAGUGGAGACUCCUCUGACAGCUGAAGAUUUUUCCCCUUCUCCUGUUGUACAAACCUUUAGUGAGGCAAAGGAAGCAAGCCCAGAACCAGAGUGUGAGGGGAAACAUUACCAGCUGAACUUUCUUCUAGAAAAUGAAAAAAUCUUCUCAGAUGCACUCUUGAUUACCCAGGAUGUUUUAAAAAGACUAGAAGAAUGUUCAGAAAUUAAAGGUGCACAGAAGGAGGUGAUUCUGAAUUGCUGUGAGGGUGGAACACCCAAGGAGACAAUAGAAAAUUUGUUGCACAGAAUGACUCAAGAGAAGACCCUGAGCGCUGAGAGUUUGGUAAAACUCCUUCAGGCUGUGAAGACGACAUUCCCAAACUUGGGCCUUCUGCUGGAGAAUUUGCAGAAAUUAGCUGCUUUGCCGAGCACCACAGUCCAAGCAAGCCCUGAUGAUUAUGGGAUUGAACUAUUGAGGCGGUAUCACGAAAACCUCUCAGAGAUUUUCACAGACAACCAGAUGUUACAAAAAAUGAUCCCACAUGUGAAGAGUUUAGCCCCUGGAGAAAGAGAGGUCAUGGAGAAGCUUGUGAAACGUGACUCUGGUUCAGGUGGUUUCAGUUCUCUGAUGUCAGCAGUUCUAGAAGAGCAGACUCUCUCUGCAGCAGCCAUUUGGCAACUGCUGCUGGUGGCUCAGGAGACAAAGUCCUGCCCAUUGAACCUGCUCACGGAGGAAAUACGAAGGGAGCCUGGCGCAGAUGCUUACUUCCGGACAGUGAUGACCCCAGAAAGUGCUGCCUUCGAAACCAUCCUGAGGCAUCACAGGUUGAUCCUAGAGGCCAUCCAGCAAAGGGCUGAACUCAAGUGCUUGGCCUCAGAGGAAGAGCGCCUGGCAGAGACUGUGAAAGAGAUUCUGAGCAUUUCCUCUGAGACAGCCAGCCCUGAAGCUUCCCUGAGAGCAUUGCUGAGCAGAGCCAUGGAAAAAACCAUCUCGGCCAUUGAAAUAUGUCAGCUCCUGUGCAGCAUCCACAGAUCUUUCCCAGGCCUGCAGCCUGUCAUGCAGGAGUUGGCAUAUGCCGGUUUCCUUACUGAGGAAAAGGGAGAGAAGGAAAGGUGGAUGGUGAGUAAUAAAUUUCACCUUGAAGCCAAGGACAAAGCAGAUGAAAAGGCAGCUGAGCCAGCUGAAGAAAACUGCCAGCCUGGGAAACAGAACGGUCAAGGAGAGACUGGUUCCUUGCCAGAACAACAAGAGAAAGAUACUUCUGCCUCCCCAGACUCUGCCAAGAAGAGCUUCGUCUGUAAGGCCUGCGACAAGAGCUUCCAUUUCUACUGCCGCCUCAAGGUGCACAUGAAGCGCUGUCGGGUGGCCAAGAGCAAACAGGUGCAGUGUAAGGAGUGUAAUGAGACCAAGGACUCUAAGAAAGAGCUGGAGAAACAUCAGCUGGAGGCCCAUGGUACAGGUGGAGAGCCUGACGUCCCCAAGAAGAAGAAGAAGAGGCUUCCAGUGACGUGUGACCUCUGUGGAAGAGAAUUUGCUCAUGCCUCAGGCAUGCAGUACCACAAACUGACAGAGCAUUUUGACGAGAAGCCAUUCUCCUGUGAGGAGUGUGGGGCAAAGUUUGCGGCCAAUUCUACCCUGAAGAACCACCUUCGCCUUCACACUGGGGACCGUCCGUUCAUGUGCAAGCACUGCCUCAUGACCUUCACCCAGGCCUCUGCCCUGGCCUACCACACCAAGAAGAAGCACUCAGAAGGAAAAAUGUAUGCAUGCCAGUACUGUGAUGCUGUGUUUGCCCAGUCCAUUGAGCUGUCCCGCCACGUGAGGACCCACACCGGGGACAAGCCAUAUGUCUGCAGAGAUUGUGGCAAGGGCUUCCGGCAAGCCAAUGGCCUCUCCAUCCACCUGCACACCUUUCACAACAUAGAAGAUCCAUAUGACUGCAAGAAAUGCAGGAUGAGCUUCCCCACUCUGCAGGAUCACCGAAAGCACAUCCACGAGGUGCACUCCAAGGAGUACCACCCCUGCCCCACGUGUGGGAAGAUCUUCAGCGCCCCUUCGAUGCUGGAGCGGCACAUGGUGACCCACGUCGGAGGGAAGCCCUUCAGCUGUGGGAUCUGCAACAAGGCCUACCAGCAAUUGUCUGGUUUGUGGUAUCACAAUCGGACCCACCACCCUGACGUGUUUGCUGCUCAGAACCAUCGAUCUUCCAAAUUCUCGUCACUCCAGUGCAGCUCCUGUGACAAAACCUUUCCCAACACCAUCGAACACAAGAAGCACAUCAAAGCAGAGCACGCAGAUAUGAAGUUCCAUGAAUGUGGCCAGUGUAAGGAGCUCUUCCCCACGCCAGCUUUGCUGCAGGUUCACAUCAAGUGCCAGCAUUCAGGGUCACAGCCGUUCCGGUGUCUGUACUGUGCAGCCACUUUCCGCUUUCCCGGGGCGCUGCAGCACCACGUCACCACUGAGCACUUCAAGCAGUCAGAGAGCACCUUCCCCUGUGAGCUCUGCGGGGAGCUCUUCACCUCCCAGGCCCAGCUGGACUGUCACUUGGAGUCUGAACACCCAAAGGUGACGGGCACUGAAAGCCAAGCGGCCGCCUCACAGAUGGUGCAGGUGAUCCAAACCCCAGAGCCGGUGGCCCAGACGGAGCAGGUGAUCACUUUGGAGGAGACCCAGCUUGCUGGUUCACAGGUGUUUGUGACAUUGCCAGAUUCACAGACAUCCCAGGCCAGCUCUGAGCUUGUGGCAGUGACCGUGGAGGACUUGCUAGACGGUACCGUGACCCUAAUCUGUGGGGAGGCCAAGUGAGUGGCUGCUCAUCGUGGAGGGUCCUACGUUUGCAGUAGAGAGAAUGCUCCACACUUGCCUUUUGCCCUUCCUCUCUCGAUGUCCUGAGUAUUGAGCAUCUUAGCUUAGCACCAACCUAAGUGGUCUCACUUGGGAAACGGACAGAAGCAUCAUGGUUCUCAUAAAACCAAGUCUGAGUCAUCAGCACCAACGCGACCGCCCUCCGUAGCAGGCAGGCCUGUUCCUCACAGGCCUGCUGCUGUGGCCUCUCUGACACUUUCCAUUCCCAAGUGGAGUAUAGCUUCUGAAAUAGAGCCUGGAAAAGCAGUGGGAUAAGAGCUGGUGACCAGAGUAACCAGAGCAGUGUGAUGUGCUGGCAGCCCUCAGCAUGCAGAGCAGUAGUUCAGUGCAGGACAGUGGCCCACAGAGUGGGGCUGCAGGUGCUGCCAGUGCCUUCUGGCCAUUUAAAAAUGAGAG